UUUUUAAUUUGGUCUAUGUCCCGUUUGCUAACAUGGAGGAGGUGCAGAUUCAAGACUCCAGACUUUACUUAUCAUGUGCACAACAAUUACACGCAGCAGUCUUGGUAAUGAAAUACUUGGGUCACAGGCUCCUCUAUAGCCAUGCUCUCAAAUAUUACACAAGGUCAUACAUGAGAAGCUGAACAAAGUAGCAUACAAAUGAAAUACUACUUAAAUACAAUACUUGCUGCAACACAUAUUAUUAUCUGUCGAGGCAUCAUGGCUGUCGGUAUCAGCAUCAUGUCCCAGCAGCGCCAGGUGAGAAACCUCCCCCCCAACAUGAAGCACAUUCUCUGGGAGAGUCGUGGGCGGUGUUCUCGCUCCCGUGAUUUCAGCACAUGUCACUUCCUGCCGUCACGCAGCCAGUUCGGGCCAGUUCGCCGCCGCUGUAGCUCUCAGUCUGUCCCGCUGAGCUGUCAACACACAGCGGCGCCCCGCUCCUUCUCCGCCCGUCCGACCGACCUACCGACCGUGUGCUGCGGCAACCUUUCCCCACGAAACCCCGGUCCUCCGUCCUCUUUAGCGACGUCUUCCCGCAGAUAACCGCCGCUCUCGUCUUGCCAUGACUCGGAGGUGAUCUUCAGCGUGACCAGGUGGUUCUGGGUGAGUGUAUGCGCCUUCAUGGCUGUCAUCCUCACCCAUGUGUCAGUCGCUACCCCGCGGAGCUAAAGCGGCAGCGUUAGCAAAAGCGUGUGUGUGAAUGUGUGUAUGCCAGUGUGUGUGUGUGUGUGCGGAAGUCAACCGUCCUCCUUGCUUCGGGUUCCAGGUUGGUGUGGUGAUAGAGCAAGCUAACUACGGGGUGGAGGACCGCCUGGGGCAUCCUGUCCCUGGUUCUCAAGUGACUAAGGAAGGGGCUUUGCACACUGUUUGGCAGCAUGGAGAAGGAAGACCUGAAGGUCCUCAACAAGGGCGAGGAGGAGGAGAUGGAGCUGCAAGGCUACCGUUUCUGUCGCUGGCGGCUGGUCCUAGUGGGCCUCGGGGUGUUUUGCACAGGGGGCUUGCUCCUCCUGCUUCUCUACUGGAUGCCAGAGUGGUGCGUCAAAUCCACCUGCACCCGUACCACAGCCCGUGAUGCUGAAGUGGUGUUGCUGCGCUCCGUGGAUGAGUUUCGGCGCUGGUUCCUGGCCAGGGUGCGAGUGAUGCUGGCCCCGGGGAGUAACCCCUUCCACAGCCUGGAGACCCAGACCACCUCCCCCUGCUCCCCUUCCUCUCCUUCCUGCCCCUUCUCCUCCCCAGCCUCCCCCCCUCUAGCCAACGGACACACCACUCACCCCUCCGAUGGCAGCCCUGCUCAGGAGCUCAUCAGAAGAUUUGCAGAAUACCAGCCCACACAAAUUCGCUAUUUUACCUUCCAUAGCACAACGUAUUAUUGGAAUGACGAGCUGCAGAACUUUCAAGAUUUAAGUGGCCUGGAGGAUUUACAGAUCAGCUGCUCCGCCCUCCACUCGGAGCACAGUGCAGGCCUGACCAGGAACCAGCAGGAGUACAGGAGACUGUUCUUCGGAGUGAAUGAAAUUGCAGUGAAAGUGCCUUCUGUUUUCAAGCUGCUUAUCAAAGAGGUCCUCAACCCUUUCUACAUCUUCCAGCUCUUCAGUGUGAUCCUGUGGAGUGCCGAUGAGUAUUACUACUAUGCUGUGGCCAUCGUGUUCAUGUCUGUUAUAUCCACAGCUACCUCUGUGUACACCAUCAAAAAGCAAUACGUCAUGCUUCACGAUAUGGUGGCAGCUCACAGUAUUGUCCGUGUGUCUGUAUGCCGAGCCAACAAUGAUAUCGAAGAGAUUCUGUCUACUGAUCUGGUGCCUGGUGAUGUGAUGGUCAUUCCCAGCAAUGGGACCAUCAUGCCAUGUGAUGCCGUGUUGAUCAGCGGCACCUGCAUCGUCAAUGAAAGCAUGCUCACAGGUGAGAGCGUUCCUGUGACAAAGACCAACCUCCCAAACCCAGGGCCAGAAGAGAUGAGGGGGGAGGCUGACAGUGCCUACAACACAGAGGACCAUAAGAGACACACACUCUUCUGUGGCACCCAUGUCAUCCAGACCCGCUUCUACACUGGUGAAAUGGUCAAGGCUGUGGUGGUCCGCACAGGUUUCAGCACAGCCAAAGGACAGCUGGUGCGCUCCAUCCUGUAUCCCAAACCCACCGACUUCAAGCUUUACCGUGAUGCCUACCUCUUCCUGUUGUGUCUGGUGGCUGUAGCUGGAAUUGGCUUUAUCUACUCUAUUGUCCUCAGCAUCAUAAACAAGGUGCCAGCUAAGACCAUCAUCAUUGAGUCCCUAGACAUCAUUACCAUCACUGUGCCACCGGCGCUGCCAGCUGCCAUGACUGCUGGAAUUGUGUAUGCCCAGCGACGCCUCAAACAAAUUGGCAUUUUCUGCAUCAGCCCACAGAGGAUCAACAUCUGUGGGCAAAUCAAUCUGGUCUGCUUCGACAAGACUGGAACUCUAACGGAAGAUGGAUUAGACCUGUGGGGUGUCCAGAGAGUUGAGAAUGGCAGUUUCCACCUGUCGGAGGAAAAUGCCUACAAGGAGAAUCUUGUCAAGUCCCAGUUUGUGGCUUGCAUGGCCACCUGCCACUCCCUCACAAAAAUAGAGGGCCAGCUGUCCGGGGACCCACUGGACCUCAAAAUGUUUGAGGCUACUGGCUGGAUCCUGGAGGAGGCCACUGAGGAGGAAACCUCGCUCCACAACCGUAUCAUGCCCACUGUAGUUCGACCCCCAAAGCAGCUGUUGCCUCAAGAGCCUGCAAUGUCACAAGAACAAGACAUGGAACUCUAUGAGCUCUCGUCUGUGUAUGAGAUCGGUAUUGUGCGCCAGUUUCCUUUUUCAUCAGCUCUCCAGAGAAUGACUGUGGUAGCUCGUCUGCUGGGGGAGAAACGUAUGGAUGCCUACACAAAGGGGGCGCCAGAGGUGGUGGCUGGUCUCUGCAAGAGAGACACAGUGCCAGAUAACUUUGCAGAGGUUUUAGAAGGCUACACGAUGCAGGGUUUCAGGGUCAUUGCUCUGGCACACCGUCGAUUGGAAUCCAAACUUACCUGGCACAAAGUUCAGAAUGUUAACAGGGAUCACAUAGAGACGAACAUGGAUUUCCUGGGUCUGAUCAUCAUGCAGAACAAGCUGAAGGCAGAAACUCCAGGUGUUCUGCAGGACCUGUACCAAGCCAACAUCCGCACAGUCAUGGUUACUGGUGACAAUAUGCUGACAGCAAUUUCAGUGGCUCGUGACUGUGGAAUGAUCCCACCCCAGGACAUGGUCAUCAUUGCUGAUGCCCAUCCUCCCCAUGACGGGCAGACCGCCAAGAUCACCUGGAGAUACGCUGACAAGCCGAUAAAGACGUCUCGCCUGGAGGAAGUGAACAUCAGCCUAGAGGACGUGUGUCAUGAGGAUGAACCCAAAGCACAAGAACUGUACCACUUUGCAAUGAAUGGGAAAUCAUUCGCUAUAAUCUCGGAGCAUUUCCCUGACAUGCUUCAAAAGCUGGUGCUUCAAGGGACGGUGUUUGCCAGAAUGGCCCCAGACCAGAAAACCGAGCUUAUAGAGGCGUUGCAGGGUGUAGACUACUUUGUGGGGAUGUGUGGAGAUGGAGCUAAUGAUUGUGGGGCUCUGAAGAGGGCUCAUGGUGGCAUCUCUCUCUCAGAGCUUGAGGCCUCUGUAGCUUCUCCCUUCACAUCCAGGACCCCCAACAUCUCCUGUGUCCCCAGCCUCAUCAGGGAGGGCCGCGCCGCUCUCAUCACCUCCUUCUGUGUGUUCAAGUUCAUGGCCCUCUACAGCAUCAUCCAGUACAUCAGUGUCACCCUCCUCUAUUCUAUCCUCAGUAACCUCGGAGACUUCCAGUUCCUCUUUAUUGAUAUCGCCAUAAUCCUCCUUAUUGUCUUUACCAUGAGUCUCAAUCCAGCGUGGAAAGAGCUUGUGCCGCGCCGGCCGCCAUCAGGUCUGAUCUCAGGGUCUCUGUUGUUCUCUGUGCUGACACAGAUCCUCAUCUGCUUGGGCUUCCAGACCUUAACAUUCCUGUGGGUCCAGCAGCAGCCGUGGUACACCAUCUGGACACCCCUCACAGAUGUCUGCAACCUGUCAUCACACAUUAACAUGUCCGACCUCAACAACACACAAGUGGACGACCACAACAUCCAAAACUUUGCGAACACCAGCCUCUUCUAUGUCUCCUCCUUCCAGUAUCUCAUUGUUGCCAUUGUUUUCUCGAAGGGCAAACCGUUCAGGCAGCCCAGCUACAAGAACUGGCCUUUUGUGGUGUCUGUCCUGAUUUUGUAUUUUUUCCUACUGUUCAUCAUGUUCCACCCUGUGAAAACUAUUGACACGUUUCUAGAGAUUGUUUGUGUCCCUUUUGACUGGAGGGUAAAACUUUUCCUCAUUAUCAUAGUCAAUGCUGCUGUGUCUGUGGUGGUGGAGACCUUCAUCCUUGACCUCAUCUUAUGGAAGCUUGUGUUCAGCCGAGACAAACAGGGCAGCUUCAGCAUCACUCCUGCCGCCCCUACACCACAGAGGGGCAUUGACCUGCAGGCGUACAAGUGUCUGUCCUGGCUGUGCUGCCCACGCAAGAUGCCCAAGGCCCGCUACAUGCAUCUGGCCCAGGAGCUGAGUGUGGACCCUGACUGGCCUCCAAAGCCAACCACCACCACAGAAGCCAAACCCCGCCCUGAAAAUGGCUCCACUUAUCAAUUCAUGAUCAACUCCUAGCACCCCCCCACAAUGCCUCCAGCUAUCCUUUCAUACAGUAGACAUUUUUAAAGGUGUGCUUAGUGAAAGCACAUUCAAUAGGAUGAUUGCUUGUCAUCACCAUUCAGAGACUUGCCUCCAACACUGUAGUUCCAUAGACACUACUGCAAAAACCACAGAAUUACACAGAUGGUGGGGUCCAUACAUCUCGAACGAGGUCUCAGACUCUCAGGUCUCUCUUGCUUUAAAUGUCCUUAAAACAUCCGUACGUCAAAGUUGAUUCCCUUCCCUUAUUGCGAUGUCUGUUCACCAAAGCUGAGCAGCAACCCCAGUUCAAAAUCACAAGUCGACCUAAUAAAUGUCUCUCGUCUUUGUGUAGAGCUAAAGACCCACUCCACUUCAGAGAUAGCUUCUGACAAAUUUGUGCUAGUAAUUUAUUUCAACACUCCCACUGUUAAAAAUAACUAGGUGUUCACAUUUCAUUUGCAACCACAUUAUUAGAAAACCCAUUUAGACUUAAAGGUUCAGUGUGUAGAAUUAAGUGACAUCUAGUGGUGAAGUUGCAUGUUGCAGCUGAACACCCCUCACCUCACCCUCCCCUUCCAAACACAAAAAGAGAACCUGUGGUAGCUUCCAGUUGUCAUAAAUACUCAAAAGGUGUUAGUCUGUCCGUUCUGGGCUACAGUAAAAACAUGGCGGCCUCCAUAGAGAGGACCCGCUUCUGAUGUAAAUAUAAAGUAUUUAGUCCUCAAGUACGACCAACUCUGACUGAACUUGCAACUAAGAGGAUUGGCUCAUAUAGGAAGAGUGGAAGAGUUUGAGGUAGAGGACAUUAGUUCCGGUUUGAAAUGGAGAGAUUCUGCUGUUGGAAGCCUGUAGUUGAACGUGGACUGAGUAAUAGAUAGAUUAGGUGUCUGCACUGACCAACUCAAUAUGAUGUGAUCUUACAGUUUUUAAAACAAACUGCAAAAUGUCCAAUAUGUUUUUGUUUUUCCCAGCAGCCAUCACUUCAUUUUAGGACUUAAACCCAGUCUGACCUGGUAUGGGUGCUGCUGGCUCUGAUUGCUACUAUGUAGUGGUCUUAAACAUCUAAUGUACAUAAUAGACUCGUUUUAAUGAGUCAUUUUGUGAUAACCAAACAGUUUUUAAUCUCACCCUGUGAUGAAUGAACCACAAGGUCAAGCACGACGAGUUGUAGGAAUUUGAGAAUGAUGGACGGCUGUGGUCUCUUAAAUUGCACAGCCCAACCAGAAGUUCAUGAUCCCAUUUAAUAAUAAACACAAAUAUAUAACUAUCAAAGUGGUUGAUCGUACAAGUCUGGAAAAGUAUAAGGAUGAGUUUGAUUUGGAAACUGCACAAUAUGUCUGAAAAUAUUACAAUGUAUUUAUAGACCUGCUGUCCUCAGCCACAUUGUAACAUGGCCUAUAUCAAUCAUACUGUUUGUGAAUAUGCAAAAAAGGUAUUUGAAGUGGCCACACAUUAUACAUCACAGAAAGUACAAAACAGUGAAAGUGAACGGAGAGUAAGGAUUGUAAAAAAUGACCUAAGAACAGUGAGGCAGACAGACACAAACAGAUGUGCUCAUCCACUCUCAACCACAGGCUGGGACCUGUGACAGGCUCUCCAUUAUUUUUGUCAGAGAUUACCUGACAAAACCUGGUUACCUGUUUUUUUCAAAAAAUUAAUCUUCGCUUUUUAGUUUUGCUAGCAUAGUGAAUCAACUGAUUGUUUCAGACUGAAAUAUCUCAUAUACUGUCAUGAACUCCAACAUGGAUGUUCUUUUCUGUAGCUCCUCAUUAAACAUUUCAUGUCACCAAAAUGUCAAUAACACUAGAACAUAACAGGUUACCUCUUAAGCUUAUGAUUCAAUUAUCAACAUUAGCUGAACUUUGAUAUUCCAACACAGCAUGCUAACAUACUAAAUGUUUUACAUCCAUCAAAAUCUGUUAUCAAGGGUGUCAGGAACUUUGCACCCUUGCAGGCUGCUAGUGUGGCUAUAAACCGUUAAUCCAAUGUUUUUGUGUCUGAACCAUGUCCUGUCAGCAUCUCGUCACGUCGGACAUGAAACUAAAAGUACAUCAACACCCCCAUGAAGCCACCUCCGUAUGUGUCACGUUCUGAGGACCUGAAAGACUAGACGGUUGCAAUACUAGAACUAUUACUACAAAUAUACAGCAUUACUGUAGAAGACACAUUUACAUCAACACGUCUGUAUUUUAAAAAGAAAUUCCACACGAGAGGCAGCAUGAAUCUGUCUGGCUAUCGUGCAUGAGACCAUAUGAAUCAAAGCAUCCUGCAUCUGCAAACUCCAGAUUGGCUACAGAAAGCCAGUAGCUUUUUUUUAACACAAUUUCUUCCUAUGGAAGACUGAAAGUGUGAUGGAGAAUUAAGAAGAAUUGUGCAUCUUAUCCUCUCGCUGCUCUUGAUGCAAUCAAAAGAUCCGCGCAACAGCACAACCUGCAUAAGACAGAUGCAGAUUACCAUGCACAGUUGAAUUCAUGUAUUACACAGGCUACCUGCAUAGAGAGUUAAGGGCUAUAUUUAUGUUCACUGCUAUUUCUUGCUGCUCCCCAAUAUCUCCCCAAAAUAUAAUGUACUCACACAGUCUGUAGACUUUGAGGGUAGCCGUAGAAGCUUGUAGUUUCCUCCUUUUGCAAAACAUUUUUUGGGAAAAUCAAAGUAUUGAGAAAAAAGAAACGGUUUACACUUGAGUGGAUUUGAAAACAUUUUCUGCAUUUUAACACUUUUUUAAAAGCAAAUAAAUCCUUUUUUAGCCAUAUAACAUUAGAAAUUCCUCAUAAAUCAUUAUGAACAGUCACUUAAGGAGAAAACUACAGACUUCUUAAAGUCACCAGAGAUGUUUAAAAGUCAAAAUGCUGAUUUAUGGUGGAGGAUCACAUGAGAAAAUACUCAGCUGGUUCCUAAUGUCAGUAUAACUAAUUGCAGGCUGUCUUUCAUGAAUUAUAUGUUCGAUACUCUUUUCAGAGUGUGACUCAGUGGCUAUAAGAGACCAUGUCUAACGAAUGUCAAGGUGAUACAUUUUUGACUCCUCAGUGACAUGAAGCAAAUUACUUCUCAAACGUUUGUGUUGUAUGAUAUUUAUAUGGCACAUAACAUCAUCUUUAGCUUAUUGAUCAUCAAUGAGUUUAUUCAACAGUUGCAAAAGGUUUCUUCAAUUUCAGUGGUAACAAAUGUCUGAAGUUCCUCAGUUGCUAAAAGCCAUUGUAUAUUGAGAUGCAUGUAAUAAUCCAAAUGUAUAUGAAACAUUUGACCCAUAACAUUUUUGUGACAAGCUCAAAUGUGACAUGUGACCAUAGUUUCCAUGGAUACCUAGUUUAUUUAAUGAGGAAAGUAUUUUGUUAUAGUAUUUUGUGGGCAACUUGUCAAUAUGAGAGGGGUGUAUAGUUGAUAAAACUGGUAAGAUGAAUAGUAUGAUUGAAAUGGACAUUGUGGUGCCAAUUUACAGAAGAAUAGUCUAAAUCUGUUAUUUUGUUAAAAAAUAGACAAACUUGCUGAUGUGCUCAAACAAGGGCCACAUUGGCUUCUAUGCUUCUGAAUAUUCAGUGGUGUUUUUCUUUUUAUCGUUGAUUUCAGGAUUUGAUAUUUUUCUCCAUAGAUUCCUACUGAGGCUAAAAUUGAAUGUUUUGUAAAGAACAAAAUUGAAUGCAAUGCAAUACUACCAUUGUUGAUUCUAUUCCCAAAGACUUCAUCACAUCUAUAUAGAUUAUUUAAAAAAAAAAAGAGUUCAAAACAAAGAUUUAUUUAGCUUGUUCAGUUCUUUCAAAUCUGAUUUAACUGGGCAGAAAUGGACUUUAAACAGUUAUAAUAAUAUUAGAUGUUGGAUUCUGUCUGUUUAUAUGAGAUACAUUUCUAGUGUGUGCAUAAAAGUCAGAGAAGAUUUAGAUAUAAAAGUGUAUGUUUUUGGAUUAUCAAAGGGCUGGUGUGUCUUUUACUGCUAUUUUGGUACUGUGUGUUACAAUCACUUGUUUGUCAACUUUUGAUUUGUACUGUCUGUUGGAUUUGUUCAAACGUUUGUCGUAGACUUGCAUUCGGCUGGAUCUUCCUUAUUUGGGCAUGAAUCCUGGGCAUUUAUUUCACAAUGUUAACCAGAUUUUGAGAAGUGUGAUCAGUGUUUGAUCUGUCUUGGGUAAAUUAUACUGCAGCAAAUGUUGACUUUAAACUUUUUGAUUAGAAAAAUGUGUCUUUGCAAAUUCUACUUCUUUGCUUUUCUUUUUUUUUUUUCUCUCUCUCUCUUUCAUACAAUUUUUUUCUUAAAACCAAGGAUCUGACACAAGAAGGGAAUAAUUAAUUUAAUGUUGUAUAUUAUCACCUCAUUUCAGCAAAUUUAAACAUCUGACAAUCUUGUUACUUUUAUGUCCUAUCAUCCAAUGUAUGUGUUUGACUUUUAUUUUGGUCUAGCAAAAAUAGUUUGCAUCUGUGUAAAUUUAAUAUGAAAUUGGCAAAAAAGAAUGUGCAUUGCUGCUCAAUAUCGGCAGUCUAUUGUAGAAGUGGUUAUAUUGCUGCUAGGGGCAAAAUUAUUCGGUAUCAGCUGUGUCAUGACUGUGCACCUUGAGUCAGAUAAUUCAUCAAUUUAAUGAUGGCAAAGUGUAAAUACUAUUGCUUUUCCUCUACGCUACAGUUUUGCCUUUUAUUCUGACACAACUAUGUCGAAGCAAUUGAUUUAAUGCUGAGGCCUCUAUGUGCUUAUACAGGUACAACAUAUACCGACAGUCAGCAUUGGCCUCUCACAUGAUGUAUUUUUUAAAAACCAUCGAAUGACUUUUAGAUUGAGUCAGCCACUGAGUACAUGAAGCCUCAUUUUGGUGUUGUUUCCUCAGGGAAAUGUCUAUUUCUGAUAAAUAGAAAAAAUAAAAGUUGAUACCCAAACUGAAUGAAAAUAUACGUGUGGUAAAAACUUCUUACAGUCCAUAUGUAUGUCAGCGCUCUUUAUUUGCAGUUCCGACACCUCAGCAGGAGGUUCACUUGGGUAUAUGUAUUUUUGUUAUUGGCGGAGAUGUACAUUUUUUGGAUUUUUUUUUUACCUCAUAAUUUAUUUUUUAUUUAUUUUCUUUUUUUUCCCUGAGGAUUGUAUUUCAGAUUUAUCUUGAUUUCUUCCUUUUCAAUAAAUGUUUUGAAAACUAUCUGCUGCAUAUUGUCAUAUUUCUAUGCAUUCUCACUAUAAAUGUGGGCUUUGGAGGAUCCAGCCCCUGAAUUGGG